AUGGAGCUCCGUUUGUAAUAGUUUUAAGAAUAGUAGCUAAAUAAAAGGACCGUUAAUAUGCAGCUUUCAGGAGUUAUCUGGAGAGUCUGUAACGUUCUCAUGUCAGUGUUUUUCGCUCUGGCGAGUUACGUGCAGAAAAAUGAUCCGGAUGCGGGACUGUGGAUGGUUGCAUAUGCCAUUCCGGCGAUCCUAUGCUUGUCGAUCAGCUAUAGCCCCCAAAUAACUGAGUCUUUGCUGUGGAGAAGAGUUGCUGAUUUACAUGUUCUUGUAUCCACGACUUUUGGGGCCAUGUUGGGCUGGGUUGUAUACACAGAGCGUAUAACAGACAUCUUCCAGCAAGAGGAAGGGAGAGAAUUUUCUGGGCUCAUGUUAACUGUCCUUUGGCUGCUGUUAUGUCGACAUUCUGGAAGAAGUUCAGUGGGAAUACUGCGACUCACCACCGCGGUUGGAAUCACCGUAUUUCCGUUUGUUGCCUGGCUGUAUUACUACAUUAAUAAGGACCUCAGAGCUUCCUGGCCCUCACACUGCACUACUGCAAUCUAACCGCUCAUCCCAGCACUUCUCACCAUGAUUCAGUAUGCUGGGCUGAAUGAAACAUAGCACUUUAUGCGGCUGAAGAUCAGAUAAGGGAAUUCAUCUCAGAGCUCUGCCCAUUUACCUUUAAACAGUUAUAUGCAGCUGACUGAUUUAUGAUUGACUGUAAUUUCUACUCUGCUUUGUAUUCAUUUCUUUGUGUGUCUCAUGUGAGCUUUCUAAAGAUGUACAGUAUACUUUCAUGA